CCCGCAGUUGGUCACCUGACGCUAGCCCAGCCGCGGCCAUUUUCUGUUGCUAUUUGUAACCUGUAAGGGGGAACAGUGCGGAGGCAAUAUAAUUCAUUGCUGUGGCUCCGCUGAUUCACUCUUUACAUCCUCUUUCCACGGUUGUGUAGAUUCAGGAGAGGAAAAACUGGCAUGUGUCCCAACAUCGGUGGUCGGUGAAAGGGAGAAGGGUUUGUGCAGUGCUCAAGAAGAUCCCGGAGAAAGCCGACCCGAAGGAACAUGGCUCUGAAAAUCGUGAAAGGUAGCAUUGACCGAAUGUUUGACAAGAAUUUGCAGGACCUGGUACGUGGCAUCCGGAACCACAAGGAAGACGAGGCCAAAUACAUUUCACAAUGUAUUGAUGAAAUAAAGCAGGAGCUGAAGCAGGAUAAUAUUGCAGUAAAGGCCAAUGCAGUCAUCAAGCUUGCAUAUCUGCAGAUGCUGGGUUAUGACAUCAGCUGGGCUGCCUUCAACAUUAUAGAAGUAAUGAGUUCAUCUAAGUUUACAUUCAAGAGAAUAGGGUAUCUGACUGCCUCUCAGUGCUUUUAUGAAGGGACCGAUGUAAUCAUGUUGACAACUAAUCAGAUUCGUAAGGACCUCAGCAGCCCAAAUCAGUAUGAUACUGGAGUUGCUUUGACUGGUUUAUCAUGUUUCGUUACCCCAGAUCUUGCCAGGGAUUUGGCAAAUGACAUUAUGACACUGAUGUCUCAUACAAAGCCUUAUAUUAGAAAGAAAGCUGUGCUUAUUAUGUACAAGGUAUUCCUUAAAUACCCAGAAUCCCUACGACCUGCCUUCCCUCGCCUUAAGGAAAAGCUGGAGGAUCCUGAUUCUGGUGUUCAGUCUGCUGCCGUGAAUGUUAUCUGUGAGCUUGCCCGUCGCAAUCCGAAGAAUUAUCUUUCCCUCGCUCCAUUGUUCUUCAAACUAAUGACAUCAUCAACUAAUAAUUGGGUCCUCAUUAAAAUCAUCAAACUCUUUGGAGCCCUUACCCCACUUGAGCCACGGCUGGGGAAAAAACUCAUUGAGCCACUGACUAAUUUAAUACACAGCACCUCAGCCAUGUCCCUUUUGUAUGAAUGUGUGAACACUGUGAUAGCAGUUCUCAUCUCUCUAUCUACUGGAAUGCCAAAUCACAGUGCAAGCAUCCAGCUUUGUGUACAGAAAUUGCGCAUUCUUAUUGAAGAUUCUGAUCAAAACUUGAAGUACCUGGGUCUGCUGGCCAUGUCAAAAAUUUUGAAGACUCACCCUAAAUCUGUACAGUCCCACAAGGAUCUUAUUUUACAGUGCUUGGAUGACAAAGAUGAAUCUAUACGACUCCGUGCUUUAGAUCUUCUGUAUGGAAUGGUUUCAAAGAAGAACUUGAUGGAGAUAGUAAAGAAAUUAAUGAUUCACGUGGAUAAAGCAGAAGGCACAACGUACCGAGAUGAGCUCCUGACAAAAAUCAUUGACAUAUGCAGUCAGUCCAACUAUCAGUAUAUCACCAAUUUUGAAUGGUAUAUUAGCAUCCUGGUGGAACUGACACGACUGGAGGGAACACGACAUGGCCAUCUAAUUGCAGCACAAAUGCUUGAUGUAGCUAUCCGUGUGAAGGCUAUUAGGGCAUUCGCUGUGUCACAGAUGGCUAUGCUGUUGGAUAACGGCCAUCUGCUUGCUGGCAACAUGCAAAGAAAUGGUAUCUGUGAAGUUCUGUAUGCUGCUGCCUGGAUCUGUGGUGAAUUCUCUGAAUACCUUCAAGAGCCUAACCAAACAUUGGAAGCUAUGCUGAAAUCCAAAGUCACAACGCUGCCAGGGCAUAUCCAAGCAGUUUAUGUGCAGAAUGCUGCAAAGUUGUAUGCAUCAGUUUUGCAACAAAAUGAACAAGCUGGUGACAAAGAAGCUGCUCAAGAAAUAACACAAAUGCUGAUUGACAAGCUGCCCCAGUUUGUUCAGAAUGCUGACCUUGAAGUGCAGGAGCGGGCUUCUUGUAUUCUUCAAUUGAUUAAAUACAUACAAAAGCUUCAAGCGAAGGAUGUCCCUGUCGCAGAAGAAGUGAUGGCUUUGUUUGCUGGCGAGCUUAACCCUGUUGCUCCCAAGGCACAGAAGAAGGUUCCAUUGCCAGAUGGACUGGAUCUUGACGCCUGGAUCAAUGAUGCACCUUCAGAAAGUUCUUCAGAUGAUGAAAACCCCAAGAAAAUGAUCUUCCAUGAGGAGGAACAAAGGAAUGUCAGGCAUAGACAGCCGGAAAUGGAUGAAGAUGAGCUUGCACGGCGGCGAGAAGUAAGGAAACAAGAACAGGCAAACAAUCCGUUUUACAUCAAGAGUUCUCCGUCUUCUCAGAAGAAUUACCAAGAUGCCAGUGGCGUUGAUCAUAUACCUGUGGUGCAGAUUGAUCUUACAGUACCAUUGAGAGUACCAGGUAAUUGGCAUUAUUGCAGUUCUCUAGCUUCCAUCUAUUGCACAUAA